AAAGGCCCCAGCACUCCUCAUAGCCAGUGCAGAGUGGCCAGCGCACCCCGAGCCAUGGACAACUUCAUGGAGUCACUGAACAGGCUGAAGGAGGCCCAUGAGAAGGAGGUCCUGGGCCUGCAGAACAAGCUUCUAGAACUGAACUCAGAGCGGUGCCGAGACGCACAGAGGGUAGAGGAGCUCUUUGCCAAGAAUCACCAGCUGCGGGAGCAGCAGAAGGCACUGAAGGAGAACCUGCGGGUUCUGGAGAACAGGCUGCGGGCUGGCUUGUGCGACCGAUGCAUGGUCACCCAGGAGCUGGCCAGGAAGAAGCAGCUGGAACUGGAAAGUGCACACCUGCAGAGCCUGCAGCACCUCUGCAUCCUCACCAAUGAGAUGAAUGGGCUGAAGGAGGAAAACAAGAUUCUGAAAGAAGAAGUGAAGAGGCUGCGGAGCCUGGGAGACAAGACUGCACCCCAGGCCUGGGAGGGCACCUCAGAGCCCCCGUCACCCAUGCCACUGCACUCCCCCAGUAGCCGGAAGGGCACCACUGAGAACACACCAGGAGGCCCAGAGGAGGCUGAGGAAGAGCAGCCAGGCAAAGAUAAGGUGUCAAGCCACAAGACAUCCCCAAUGGCCAGAGUCUCCCCAGCUGCCAACCUACCCGAGCCACGCACCCUGGACAUGAGCCCUCAGUGCAUCUCCAACCAACUGCACUCGACAGUAGCCGUAGUGCGGCCUGGCUCCAGGGCCUGCCCACCAGAUUGCAGCACUGCCAAUGGGACGCCCCCACCACCAUCUACCAGAAGCAGCCCGCCCAGCCCAGCACACGAACACGGCCUCCGCGUGGACAGCUUCCUGCGGGCCUCCCGGCCAUCAGCCAUAGCCUAUGAGACCCUGAAGCGCUCCCUUCAAGCCGAUCGCCUCUCCCUCCUGAAUCGCCACCUGUCUCUGCACCUGCAAAGCCCCCACAGCAGCACCCUGGCUCCUGCUACAUCGGCCAGUAGCCCCCUGCCCCACGGCCUGAAGGCUAGAGAGGCAGAAACAUGGGACGAGCCUGGUGCCUUCAUGGGCAUGCAGGACCCACGGCUAGAAGGAGCAUUGCACCUGCUGCUGAUCCAGCAGCAGCUCCGCGCACGGGCACGGGCAGGCAGUGCCAGGUCGAGGGUCCCAUCUGCACCAGAAGAGAUGCCAUCUCUCUCACCAGCUGGCUCGGAUUCUGAGAACUCUGAGAGUGAGGCCCCCAGGACAGCUCUGAGCACAGAUGCCCAGCCUGAUGCGUGGCACCCUCGGUCCACAGGCCAAGGUUGCACCUGGAGGAAGGAGGCACACGUGACCACUCAAGAUUGCCCCCCAGACAAGCCUCUGGACCUCUCUGACCGGGGACGGUGUCGAGACAUCUCCAAGUUGACCGGCCAAGCUUUGCCACUCAGCCCCACAGUUGCUCACAUCGCCAGCCCCCAGCCGCCCACCUUGUCCAGACCCCUGAUUCAUAGCCCCCACACUCCCAGCAAUGACAGCACAGAGACCAGAGCUCAGGAGCCUGAAGAGCACGCUCCUCCUGAGGACACCUCACACCCUCUCCCAGGGACCCACGCCAGCCUGGCAUCUCCUGGAAGGACAGACGAGGAGGCUGGAAGAAUGCCAAGGCCAGUGCCCCAUCUGCAGAGGGUUGACCCUGACGGGACCACAGAGCCCAGCAAGGUCAUGGCUCAGAAGCCAGACCUGGAGCGACUGGAAGAAGAGUCGGAUACCUCAGACACUAAGGUGGGCCUGACCUCUAAGGCAAGUGCAGAGCCGAGCAUCCCAGGCGAGGGACAUGCUGAAGACCAACAACAGGGUCCACAACAAAAGAGGAAGUGGGCCUCAGACCUGCAGGACAAAGCCCCCAAGAAGCCAUCUCAUGGGAGAAGGAAACCAAAGGAACCCCUGACACCAGCAGAAGGUCCCAGGAGCCCAAGGGACAUGGAGGACUGCAGCCUCUCCCCCAUUAGCGGGGGGAGAGUCCUAGCCCACCAGACUGAGAGACGCUGCACUUGCCCAGAGACUGUCUGUCAUCUGUCAGGGACUAGUCACGUGUGA